AUGGUUAUCUUGGACCCAUCCCCAGUCGGCAGAGGCAUGUUCUUCUUGGUUGAUAACGACUGGAGAAACAUCCGCAACACGCUGACACCGUCAUUCACCGCAGCUAAAAUGAAAUAUAUGUCUCCACUGAUCAACGAGUGUUGUGAUACUCUACUUACAAGUAUCAGCAAUGCACGAAGUGAAGGCAAGGCCAUCGACUGCAGAGCGUUGUUUGGUGGCUUCACCAUGGACGUGAUUGCGUGCUGUGCCUUCGGUCUGAGUGUGAACUCCCAACAGGACAAGGAUGAUCCGUUUGUCCAGAAUGCUAAGCUUCUCUUAGACGGCAGGGGCUUCAGAAGUAUUUCGGCCUUUAUUCUGUCUUCCUUUCCAUUCCUGGCACCCGUGUUUGCUUACUUCAGAGUUGGCUUAUUUUUCGACCCAUCGGCUGUGAAGUUUUUCCUUGGAGUGACGGAGUCUGCGCUCAAGAUGCGCAAUGAGGAGGGUGGCAAAUCCUCCAAACGUAUUGAUCUCUUGCAACUGAUGCUGAAUGCUCACAAUGACACUGAUGUCGAUCAGGAAGACACGCCCGUCCCAGGGGACGGCCCAGAAAGGGGCGUGAUCCAACGCAAGCCCCUGUCAACCAGAGAUAUUAUGGCUCAGGCGGUUCAGUUCUUCCUGGCUGGGUACGAGACCACGAACACGCUUCUGACCUUCACUGCUUUCGUGCUGGCUACCAACCAAGAUGUGCAAGAGAAACUGCACGCAGAGAUUGACAACCUUGAUCCCACGAAAGGCAACCUCGGCUAUGACGUCAUCGGCAAGAUGGAGUACCUGGACAUGGUGAUCAGUGAAACACUGCGCAUGUAUCCCCCGUUAGCCUUUCUUAACCGGGUCUGCAAUGAGACAGUAUGUUGCGAUGGCCUCGUCAUUGAAAAAGACAUCCACGUGUUAAUUUGCGUCUGGAACCUUCAUCAUAGCGAGGAAUACUGGAACAACCCGUACAAAUGUGAUCCUGAAAGGUUCAGCCCUGAGAACAAGGCCUCCAUCAAACCGUACACCUACCUGCCGUUUGGCUUCGGUCCAAGAAUCUGCUUCGGCAUGCGCUUUGCCUUGCUGGAAGGCAAGAUGGCGCUGGUCCGUAUGCUGCAGCAGUAUCGUGUCGAUGUCUGCUCUGAAACCGAGAUUCCGGUUCCGCUUAGCAAGACUGGACUUAUUGCUCCCAAGAAGCUGAUGUUAAACAUCCUGCCGAGAAACUAG